AGUGAAUUGAAAACGCAUUUGAUUUCAUGAAUGCCACCAAAACUCAAACCAAUAAGUGAUUUGUUUUAAGACAUGAAUGAUGGCUGAAGUGGGAGUCAAUCCAUCACUUGCUGCCGACGAUAUGAGUGCCGAUGACAGCGAAGAGGAAGUGGAGCCGAAGUUGACGUACGAGCGGAUCAAUAAUGACGUGUCAGUGAUCCUCAAGAAGGAGUCGGCCACUUGUCUGGCCGUCCACUCCCGGUUCAUAGCAUUGGGCACACAUUUGGGCAAAAUAUAUAUUAUAGACGUUUUGGGCAAUAGAGUCAAUGAACGGGAACUGCCUUUGCAUAAGUUAUCCGUCAAUCAGAUCAGUAUCGAUGAUAUGGGAGAAUAUAUAGCCACCAGUUCUGAUGAUAGGAUAGUAAUCAAUGGUUUNGAGUCCAAACUAGUGGUGCUUUGUGUCAAUAAAGACGCCAACGAAUUAAACAACUCUUACAACUGUAGGGUUGAAGUGAUAGAACCCAUUGGGACUGAUAAUUACGAAGAGAUAUCGAGUGACAUAUUGUCGCCGAAGUCGUUCAACAGUUGUCGCAGUAAUGACUAUCACGUCGAGUGCCUACCAGAAGAAGGACUGUAUCUGAUUCUGUGUCCCAAAGACCUAAUUGUGGCCAAACCUCGCGAAGAGGACGAUCACGUGACGUGGCUUCUGGAGCACCAACAGUACGAGGAGGCGCUGGAAGUCGUGAAAUACAAUAAGACACUUAAGAAGCACAACGUGUUGAGUGUGGGAAGUGUUUACUUAAAGUAUUUGUUAGAGCAGUCGCAUCACAGCCAGUACGAGAAGGCGGCCCAACUCUGUCCCACCAUUUGUGGCACCGAUAGGACCGCGUGGGAGAACGAAGUCGUGCGCUUCAAACGCAUCGGUCAGUUGCGAGUCGUGGCCCCAUAUCUGCCGCGCGGACCCGAACUCGUACUCAAUCCCGCCAUUUAUGAGAUUGUGUUGAAAGAGUUCCUGGAAAUGGAUUCCGAGGGCUUCCUGAAGACGAUCCGAGACUGGAAUUCCAGUCUCUAUUCCAUUCCCACUAUAGUUAAGGCGACGUUAGAUGUGUUGACAAUAGACCCGAAGAAUGAGAGGCUUUUGGAGGCGUUGGCCGAACUGUACUCACGGGAAGGCAAACACGACAAAGCCCUCACCAUUUAUAAAGACAUCGGCAAUAAGACACAAGUGUUUGAUCUCAUCCGCAAAUACGGACUCUAUUCCAAACUUCAGGAGCAGUUGGAAGUGUUUCUGCAACUGAACGCCGACGAGGCGUCGAAGUUGUUGAUUGAAAAUCAGGACACAAUACCCGUCGAACUAGUCGUCAAAAAGCUUAAGUCAAAGCCAUCGCUAUUAUUAACAUAUUUGGAUCAUUUAGUACACAAAGACUCGGAAGUCUGUUCAUCACAUCACGGAUUACUUGUCGAACUGUACGCCCAGUACUCGCCGGAAAAGUUGAUGCCAUUCCUCCGCAGCUCCAAUCACUACCAAUUGGAGAAAGCGUUAGACAUUUGCCGCAAAAAGAACUUAUUCAACGAAAUUGUGUUUCUUUUGGGACGAAUGGGAAACACGAAGGAAGCCUUACGACUGAUAACCGACAAACUCGAUGACAUCAACCACGCCAUCGAGUUCUGCAAAGAGCACUCCGACGCCGAGCUCUGGGAGGACUUAAUCCAAUACUCGAUGAAUAAGCCGUGUUUUAUUCGGGUUCUGCUGCAGAACAUCGGCACUCAUAUGGCGGACCCGAUUGCGCUCAUCCAUCGCAUACCAGAGGGCACCGAAAUCGACGGUCUUAUGCAGGCGUUGGUGAAGAUUCUUCAGGAUUACAAUCUCCAGACAGAGUUAGAGGACGGCUGUCGGCGUGUAUUAGUGUCCGACUGCUACUCAUUGCUCCAGAAGUUGAAUCGACAGCACCGGAGGGGUGUGGCUAUCGAAGACGACUACUUGUGUCAGGGAUGUCAGCGAAAGAUAUUUGCCAGGGUUGCGGACUUUUGGGAACUCAAUGAUAGCGAAUUGAAUUCAAAUCUCAAAUACCAUACGAUUGUUAAGAGAAAUUCAGACGAUUUAGACAUUAAGCUAAAGAAGACAUCGUCCACAAAGAAGCCCAUAAUUAGCGCUAAAUUAGAUUCACUGCAGAAGAAUGUGUCGACAAAGCAGAACAGCACAAAAACGACAGCAGCUGUCAAGGAGGGGCCCCUUCUGGCAAACAUGACCGUCACGUAUGUGGACGUUGACGACAAUCAGACGGCAUUACCGCCCGGCGCUAAUGAGACGUACGAGAACCACACGUAUUACAGCUCAACCUUUUACUCGGAGCCGUCUAUUGCCCAGAAUUUAUGGGUCAAUAUAUCGACGUUUCCGAGACAUCAGUUGGUAUUACACGACAUGCUCUCCAAUUCGCACCGACGCGCGGCCACCGUUUCGUUGCCCUUCGAGUUCCCAUUCUAUGGCCAGACGAUGACAAACAUAACGAUAGCCACGGGAGGCUUCCUGUAUGUGGGCGAUCACGUGCACAGUUGGCUGGCGGCCACCCAAUACAUCGCCGCACUGAUGGCCAACUUCGACACCAGUCUCAGCAAUUCGUCGACAAUACAGUACGCCUACAACGAGACGGCGUUUGUCAUCCAAUGGGAUGAUGUCAUGCUUCACGACCGCACCCCCGACGGCAGCUUCUCCUUCCAGAUCAUACUGUUGAAGAGCGGAGACAUUGUGUUCGUGUAUAAAUCAGUGCCUUUCCCUAUCAAAGACAUACCCGACUCCAAACAUCCCGUCAAAGUCGGCAUUUCUGACGCUUAUAUUAUCGACAGAACUAUAUUUUUCAUUCGCCGGAAGACAAUCUACGAGUACCACAGAGCAGAUCUCAAGGACUACGCCAUCAGCAACGAUACGGCCAUAUAUUUCAAAGCAUUGCCGACCUGCGCUUCUCUACAGACGUGCGAUAAGUGUAUGUCGGCGAGCAUAGGGUUUGAGUGCGGGUGGUGUGACGCCGUCAACCGUUGCUCCGAUGGCUACGACCGUCAACGCCAGGAGUGGAUCGUCAAGAACUGCGAGGCGGCCAUCAAAGACGGCACUGUCUCGUGUGCGGCCAACGUUAGUACAACCGUUUCGCCCAACACUUCGCACCCAUUAAGUACACAAAGCAUUAUAUCUCCCGGCGAAAACGACAUUACAAUCAAUACAAACCCGCAAUCGAUUCCCUAUUACAACGAUAACACUCAACCCUCGUCCUCGUCGGGCAGUUCGAGCGCCGGCUUAGUCUCAGUGCUCAUCAUUUUGGCCUUUUUCUCGGGCAUCACUCUAUGGGUGUUCUACGCCUAUAAGAACCCGCAGUCAUCGUCGGGCCAGAUGUUGAUCCGUUACCGGCCCUCACAGUGGCGGUGGGCUAGUAGUGAAGCCCGAUAUACGGCCGCCUCUAUACAUAUGUAAAACAAUUGCUUAAAACGUGAUAUUAAUUGUGCUCUCAAUUACAUAAAAAGCCCCAAACCUUGAUAUGAAUGUACAGCUCUCUAGAGAUAAGUGUUUUAUCGUUUUUAAAUGGUUUUCUCUUUUUAAUGUUAAGUCUUAUGCCAUGACUCCGAUGUCUUCUUUCAAGCCUUUGUACACAUAAAUGACAGCUUUUUAUACACUCUUUCUGACAAUCAGUUCUAUCGUGCCUUCACUUGAUUUUGUUUUUCCAAUCAUUUCUCAGACAAUAUGAUCCAAAUUUAGGCUCUUUUUAUGAAUCUCUUAACUAAACCCGAGUUUGCAUUUAGUUUGUGAACCAAAUAUUAUUUAUAUUUUAACCAAAAGCUUUUACCCUAAGAAACAAUGAAAACUACAAAUUUUUCGACUGUUUAAUUGAAUGCAUAUUUAUUUUUGUUUCUCUUUUAAUUUUGUAGUCUUUAUUUUUAAAUGACAACUACUUUUUGAGUUUAUUUUGUAUUUUUCGAAACAAAAGCUAUUUUUUGAAUCAUUCAAAAUCACUUCAUAUGCGAUCACAUCACUAGUCAAACAUGAAUUUUGUACCAAAAGCUGACUCUUAUUGUGAAUUCCAAACUCAAACCGAACCAUACCUUUAGAUAUGAAUGAAUUCCACAAUUCUUUAAUCAAAGGGACCACACAUUUCCACCAAUCCUUGUAAUCACUUCUAUCGCUCUCUUGAUUGUAGUCUUGAAUCUCGUUUUGUCUCUUUUUAGCCAAAAUUAUUUGAAUUUUAAAUACUUAUUAUUAUUAUGAAAAUGUAAUAAAAUUAAAUUAAAAACGAA